GGCAGCAGCAGCAGCAGCCCCGAGCAGCAGCCUCGGCACCGGCAGCAUCGGCAGCAGCAGCGAUCCGAGCAGCAGCCCCGAUCCGAGCAGCAGCCCCGGUCGGCCCCGGUCCCGCUCAGCACCGCUCUCUCCGCCCCCGGGGCUCGGCGAUCCCGCUCCAUCCCGGCCGGAGCCCGGCAGGACCAUCUCCCCCUCCUGCCAGCAUGAGCAAGGGCGGAGGACUCUCGGGAGAAACAGGAAAGCAAAUGACUGAAUCUUUCAAGGCUUCCGACUUGAUUAUCACCCCAGCUACAACGUUCAAGGAGAAGCCAGACCCCACUGGUCUGGUGUUUGGAACUGUGUUCACUGACAAUAUGCUGACAAUUGAAUGGUCCUUGGCUUCAGGAUGGGAGAAACCCUGCAUUAGGCCUCUGGAGAACCUCUCAAUACAUCCAGCUGCCUCAGCCCUGCAUUAUGCUGUAGAACUGUUCGAAGGGAUGAAGGCGUACCGAGGAGUGGACGGCAAAAUCCGCCUGUUCCGGCCGGCCCUCAACAUGGACAGGAUGGCACGGUCAGCACUGAGGACAACCCUGCCAACUUUUGACCAGAAGGAGCUGUUGGAGUGCAUCUGUAAGCUUGUGGAGCUGGAGCAGGAGUGGGUGCCCUACUCAACCUCUGCCAGCCUCUACAUCCGUCCUACCCUCAUCGGAACUGAGCCUUCCCUUGGAGUGAAGAAGCCCACUAAAGCCCUGCUGUAUGUCAUUCUGAGCCCUGUGGGCCCUUACUUUGCAAGUGGAAGCUUUAAUCCAAUAUCCCUGUGGGCAGAUCCAAAAUACGUGAGAGCGUGGAAAGGGGGAACAGGAGACUGCAAAGUGGGGGGGAAUUAUGGUUCUUCUAUUUAUGCCCAGCAAGAAGCCCUGGAGUUUGGCUGCCAGCAGGUUUUGUGGCUCUAUGGGGAAGAUCACCAAAUAACUGAAGUUGGAACAAUGAAUCUGUUUCUCUACUGGAUAAAUGAAGAUGGAGAAAAUGAGCUGGCAACACCACCUUUAGAUGGCAUCAUCCUUCCAGGAGUGACCAGGCAGAGCAUUUUGGAUCUGGCACGCAGCUGGGGAGAAUUCAAAGUGUCUGAGCGAUACAUCACCAUGAGUGACCUGACAGCUGCCUUGGAAAAGAACAGAGUGAAGGAGAUGUUUGGUGCUGGAACAGCUUGUAUUGUGUGUCCCAUCUCUAAAAUUUUAUAUCAGGGCAAGCACUUGCACAUCCCAACCAUGGAGAAUGGGCCUGAGGUAACAACCCGUUUCCUGAAUAAGCUAACUGAUAUCCAGUAUGGAAGAGAAGACAGUGACUGGGCAGUGGUGGUGUCAUGAAGGUGGCAGAGCUCAGAGCCUCCAGACAGACCUGACACAUCUGAACAGUGACAAAUUCUCUAGCUGCCAGUGUGUAGCAUAGUCCCAGUAUCAAUUUGCUCCCCAGGAUGAUUGUUUCCACAAUCUGGCAAACGUGAACACAAUCAUUUUGAUUUCUACUGUAAUCCUCUUGGUAGAAGCCUGUCUUCUUGGUAGAGGUGCUAAAUGUUAGCAAUAGAACUUUCCCAAUGGUUUUCUUAGUGCCUCCUUAUACACAGUCUGGAAACUUGUGAAAUGCUCUUCAACUGCUCUUCAGUUUGGUUUGUUUACUGCCUCCACCAACAGAGGGUGUUGCCUGUUGGCUGCCCACAGGGUUCUGUUGACAUUUUUCUGCCUUUUGCU